UCUCAGUGUUUGUUCAGCCUGUCAAUGAUCAACGGAGCAGAAACACUUCUCAGUUUGAAGCUGAGCUCACAGCUGCUGCCACACAGGCGUCCAUCAGGAUGAUUCAGAUCUGCUUCACCGUCUCUGAGACAAACUGAAAGGAUAAUGGCGCCUGUGGGGUCAGAGGUCGAUGUCUUGCUGUCUUCAGGCGUCUUCUUCUUCCUCCUCCUCGUCUUCCUCUCCAUCUUCCUCACGGCUCUCUGCAGCGAGUGCAACAGACGUUCCUUUGAGCUGCGAGACCCGGCGGCGAACAAAGACCCGUCGUCCCUCAUCAGAGUGGUGAAGCUGGAGGACGCGAUGGUGGCGAGAGAAAACCCGAUGAUCGCAGAGAUCCAGAACGAUGAGAAAGACUCAGUGUCCUUCACUCCCUGGAGGAGCCACUUGGCGGCGCCACAGCACCACCCAGAUGCACGGACCAAUGGCAGCGCUGCAGUGAUGAAGACAGAAACUGCUGAAGAGGUAAAGACUGAAGACGAUCAUUCAGCCUCGUUCACUCCAUGGAGAAGCCAUCUGAACACAGAUGUGCAAACCCCUGAAACCCCAGACCACAUCUGCAUCACUAACGGAGGAAGAGGAGGAGGAAGAGUAGAUGAUGAAGAGAUGGAAAACAGAAACUCAGUUUAUGCACGAGUCAGCAAGAAGGUGAGGCCGAAUCCUGAGGGGCAGCAGGAAGUGGAACAGGAAGUGGAACAGGAAGUGGAACAGGAAGUGCCUUCACCUCCGCUGCCCGACAGGAAGUCAGAUCUGGAGGACUGAAGGACACAAAGGAUUAGAGACUAAAGAUGAAGGAACGAGGAUGAAAGACUUCCAAAGGGUUUAAAACACGGAAUGAUCAAAAUCAGAAAUAUAUCCAUACUCCAAAAACACUGGAGACUACAUUUCCCAUGAUGCACCUGAACAGAGUCUGGUAAACUAGGAAAACUAAGAAAAUAUUUUUCACUGAUUUUAAUGUAAAAUCACAGAUUGAAGGUUUUUAAAUAGUUUUUAUAUUCUGUGUAAUACUGCUAUGUUUUUCUGCUGCUGAAUUCUUUACCUCGAUCUGUUUGUAUAAAUAUAAAAUCAUGGCUGAAUAAAAAUGAUCGUCUCUGACAUUAUGUUCAAUAAAGGUUAUCAAAACUU